CCGAACCCCCUUGUAUACCGAACCCUUUUGUUCCUCAGAAACCGUCUUUUUCUUCUUCCUCCUGGUUGCGGCACAACAAUGGAGCCUGGUCGGUGACAAGAGUUGCAGCGGAAGAGUCGGUUUCCUUCACAGUGUAUUCUGUGUUGCUUCCUUCCUUCCUUUGUGUAUCAGUUGACGCCACCAUGCCGUCAGUGCAACGGGGAAGCUUCUCCAAUCGCCAAACCCAAUUCUCCGAGCGGAGGCAGAAGAUUAUACAACAGAGGAAGUCUCUUCCGAUUGCUCCAGUUGAGAAAAGACUGGUUGAAGAGGUUCGGAAGCACGAUGUGUUGAUUAUCGUUGGCGAAACUGGAAGUGGAAAGACCACUCAGAUUCCGCAGUUUCUGUUUGAUGCUGGAUUUUGUUGCGAUGGAAGGGUUAUUGGGAUAACACAACCUAGACGUGUGGCUGCUGUCACUGUGGCUAAACGUGUUGCUGAGGAGUGUGGUGUUGAGUUGGGCCAGAAGGUCGGGUAUUCAGUUAGGUUUGAUGAUGCUACUUCUGGCUUAACAAGGAUCAAAUAUAUGACAGAUGGGUUGCUUUUGAGGGAAGCAUUGUUGGAUCCAUAUCUUUCAAAGUAUUCUGUUAUAAUUGUUGAUGAAGCACAUGAGAGGACUGUUCAUACUGAUGUCUUGAUGGGCUUGCUAAAAAGUGUACAACUUGCUCGGUCAAGUUCUGUAAGUGGUGGCCAGGGCCUUAAUUUUGGAAACAAGAAUAUGAAUAAGUUGUUCGAGAAAGAAAAUGAUCAGAGUGGCAUUUUUCUUAAAAAGCCCCGCCAUGAGAAGUAUGCUCCAUUGAAGUUAAUCAUCAUGUCUGCAAGUCUGGAUGCACGCGCUUUCUCUGAGUACUUUGGUGGUGCCAAAGCUGUUCACAUCCAAGGGAGACAGUUUCCUGUAGAUAUAUUUUAUACCCGUGAUGCAGAGACAGAUUAUUUAGAUGCUUCCUUGAUAACAAUAUUCCAGAUUCAUUUAGAGGAGGGCCCUGGUGAUAUACUAGUAUUUCUGACUGGGCAAGAAGAGAUUGAAUCUGUUGAAAGGCUUAUCAGUGAGAAACUCCCACAAUUACCUCAAGAAAGUCAGAAGCUUCUAGUUGUGCCUAUAUUUGCAGCUCUUCCAUCUGAGCAGCAAAUGCGGGUCUUUGCACCAUCUCCAUCUGGGUUUCGGAAGGUGAUAUUGGCAACUAAUAUUGCUGAGACAUCAGUAACAAUUCCCGGAAUCAAGUAUGUAAUUGAUCCUGGAUUUGUUAAAGCACGUUCUUAUGACCCUGGAAAAGGCAUGGAAUCCUUGAUUAUAAUACCUACAUCCAAGUCCCAAGCUCUGCAAAGAAGUGGGCGUGCAGGGCGUGAAGGACCUGGAAAAUGCUUCCGUCUAUAUCCUGAAAGAGAAUUUGAGAAACUUGAGGACUCAACAAUGCCAGAGAUUAAGCGUUGCAACCUUUCUAAUGUCAUUUUGCAGCUUAAGGCUUUGGGUGUUGAUGACAUACUAGGGUUUGAUUUCAUUGAUAAACCUUCAAGGGCAGCUAUUAUAAAAUCGUUGGAGCAGCUAUUUUUGUUAGGUGCUCUAACAGAUGAAUGUCAACUAUCUGAUCCUGUUGGUCAUCAAAUGGCUCGACUGCCCUUGGAUCCUCUUUAUUCCAAAGCUCUUAUUUUAGCUAGUCAGUUUAACUGCCUGGAGGAGAUGUUGAUAACUGUGGCACUGCUGUCUGUGGAAUCCAUAUUUUAUAGUCCUCGUGACAAGUUAGAAGAGGCAAGAACUGCAACGAAAUGCUUCUCAAGUCCAGUGGGAGACCACAUCACUUUGAUUAAUGUGUAUCGAGCAUCUAAUGAUUUCUUGGAGAAGAGAUCAAUGGAAAUGAAUAUGGCAAAGACUGAAAAGGUUUAUAGAAAAUGGUGCAAAGAAAAUUUUAUUAAUAGCCGGUCUCUUAGACAUGCUCGUGACAUUCACAGGCAGAUUCAGGGACAUGUUGAACAAAUGGGUCUGAAUCUUUCUUCUUGUGGAGAUGAUAUGCUUCAAUUCUGCAGAUGCCUUGCUGCUUCCUUUUUCAUCAAUGCAGCUGUCAAGCAGCCUGAUGGGACAUACAGGGCUUUGGCAAGUGGUCAGAUGGUGCAGAUCCACCCUUCUUCUGUAUUAUUCCGGCAAAAACCAGAGUGUGUGAUAUUUAAUGAGUUGGUCCAAACUAACCAUAAGUAUGUCCGAAAUUUAACCAGAGUUGAUUACCUAUGGUUAACCGAGCUGGCUCCUCAAUAUUAUGCUAUGCACAAUUAAAUUAUUGAUGUUGCCACUAAACAGGUUACUAGAUUAUUUAUCUGUGAAACAGAUCAGUGCAAGCCUCAGAUUAUGCCCCGCCACUGGUUUAUGGAUCUUUUCAUAAUGAAAGGUUUUGAUUUAAGGGGCUUGCCUUUGGCAUUUGGUAACUAUUGGAUGCCUGGUAUGUGGAGAUGCCACUGAAUCCUCUAAUGACAAGCACUUCAUGCUGAGUUGUUGUCACGUUAUUUUCUCUUGGGCAUCUAUGGCCACUAAGAUUGAGGAAAAAAGUAUGUGGUAGUAGGGUGCACCUUACAGUUGUGACCUCAUUGGUGUGGUGACUUGAACAACGGAAUUGAGUAGACUAUCAAGUUGUUUAUAAAUGUUCAAUUCUAUCCCAUUUUAAAAUGCUCAAUUCCUUAGUGGUAAUGGUAGAUGAUCAUGGUUUAAACUUCUAGAAUAUGAAUUGUAUUAGUCUGAAAAGUUAUUCUUUAAAUUCACAUUUAUAUGCACUACAUAUCAAUUUUUAGGUUAGGGCAAUUGUUCAUUUCUCCCUCAUUCAGCAAUAUUUGAGGUCCACUAAAUAUUAUAUUAUUAUAUUUGCUUUGUCAAGUUACUGUCACUGAAUAUGAUAAGGACCGGUGACAUUAUGGAUACAAUGUUAUCAAUGACAAUAAACUUAUGCCUAAAGACGUUCUGUAAGCUUUGGUUGUAGUUAUUCCUUUUA